CUUACGGUCCGACAUUCACCGCCUGCCUGUGUCCCUCACCAUCCGUUGCCAACUCCUCCUGAGCCAGCCAUACCAUCAUCCCUCAUCAACCUCACCUGCUUCCCUCCGCUCACCUCCGCGUCUGCGUCUGAAGAAGAGACGAAGCGACACUCGCAGACCUGGUCGCCGUCUGGGAGCUCUACACAGGAAACGAGUCCAAGCAUGGAUUCUAAGCCUGGCCCCUCUCGCCUGGGGCCACGGCAAAUGCUCUUACCAUUGCCGCCUUCGCCUUCGCGGCCGCGUCGCACAAUGAGUCCCACAUCAUUCUCGUCGACAUCAUCGCUGCCAUCUAUGCCAUCAUCGUCAUCAUCAUCAUCAUCAAUCACGACAGUUGAGACAGACGCGCGGCAAUCCCCACCUUUAUCAUCCUCAUCGACAAAUGGACUAGGAAAGAGGCAAAGGCGCAACAAGAGCACUGCCUCUAUGCGUCGGGUAUGGCUUGCCACCGCACUUGCCUUCAUCGCCCUCUCUGGACAACAACCCCUGCUCGGCGCUAGCACUGCUGCUGCUGCUCCCUCGCCGUCGCAUGGAGAGAGUCUCGAGCAGCGAGAUACACGUUUUGCAUCCUCGUCGCCCUGGAAGGGCAAGGCGCGAGAUACGUCGGGUGCAUACACCGAAGCAGGCAACAAUGGUCACUUCCUAGCCGCACCGGUCGGCGCUGGCGCCGGCCCCAUCGCCGAUGCUGCUGACGGUCAGGAACGUAUUCUGAAAGCAAUAUACCCCGACAGGAACGGGGUCCCGUCUCAGCAAGCGAUCGUCGAAGCCAGCCUGGAGAGACUGUCCGGCAGCAAGGUUCCCGUUGUGCACCCAACUCCAAGUGCAACGACUGGUAUAUUGCAACGUCGUGAUACCCCUGGCAUGAUGAAUGAGCAUGGGAACAACGUAAAGAGAGGUACGAGGCUGGUGCCGCGGCAGGCUGCGCAUGCUUAUGCGAGUGGGAUCAUUGCAGACUGGACUCAUCAAGGCAGGAGCGUCUGGUUCCAAAGGAAAGCCAUCAUCAUCGUCUCUUGCUUCCUGGCCAUCUUCAUCGUACUCAUCAUCGGAGCCGCCGCCUUUCUCAGAAGUCGGCAGACAGAAGAGGAGCUCAGUCUAGAGGAGCAAGAGAACCAAGAGCUGGCCGAUGAGGCUGCACUCAAGCGUAUGAAGGAAGAAAGGAGGAUGAGGUCGGGAGGAAGACGUCGUCGGAAGGACUUGGACGAAGAUGAGAAACAAGAUGCAGAUGAACUCGCAGCCGGCAAGAAGAAGAAGAAGAGGAUGAACGGCAGGAGAGGGAACGCCAUGACAAGGGAGGCCACCAGUGGGUCUGGGUCUUCCACUGCCGUCAGCAGGAUGAGAGUCAGCCGAUGGAUCAAAGCACCGGCAGACUUUGUCAGAGGCAACAGAGGAAGCGGCGAACAGACACUCGCCGGCGACACCAACGACGCAGCUUCCAUUCGGUCCAGUCAGUCCUCGUCAAGGAGACGUCAAAGACUAGGCGAUGCAAGGACGGAGAGAACGGAAGUGGAGUACUCCACCCCUCCAACUACAGGCGGCGACGGCAGUGAUCUGCAAGCCGUCUCGUCCGACCCUAGCUCUUCAUCUCCUACGACGUCGAUGGACACCUCCAGUGGAUCAGGUGGCUCUUCAAGCAGAGCAGUGGCUCUUGAUGCGAGCGACUUCCAGGCCGCAGACGCCGCUGGUGCAGCCCCCGAGCAAGUGCUACCGCCUGCCUACAUUCCGGCUGCCGGUCAGUCAGGUUCAAACCUUCCUCCGCAAUCACCGCCUCCCGUCGACGGUGGCAAUGCAUCUCUUCCUCGGCCUGAGUAUCAGCGUCCCCUGGCCGGCAGUCAGGUGGUCACCGAUGCCAAGCACCCAUCAGGUCCUGAUAUGGGUCCACUCCCUCCUCCGCAAGGCUCUUCAGCUGUCCUCCUAUCUGACAAUGUCGACGAGACGACCAAUGCAAGCCGUGAAGGUGCAGCCCACAUUGCCACCGACGACAAAGCUCGACUGGCUGCCCUCGCUGCUGCUGCAAGUGCACCUGCCACCACGUCUGCGCCAUUCUACUCUUCCAGAGGCGCAGCCAGCGCACCAACAGAGGCAUCCGACGCCUCACCUUCUGCUCCUGCUCUCGAUGUCGACGAGGACGGUUUCGAGCAGGACGCAUUGGCAAGUCUGGCCGGCGUAGCCCCUUCUACAGACCUCGACGGCCGUGCAUCAUCGCAAGUCGCUCCAUCGUACACUCGCGCAAACGACUCGAGAGUAUCUGCUGGCAGCAGUGGAGAGAGCGCGCAAAGUUCUCUGCUACCACAGCCACCGCGCCCUCACAAUCAGGCAUUCUCGCCCUUCGAUAGGCCGUACCAUCACAUGAUGCCUUAUACCCCAUCUCCCAGUCGUCGAGAUGAGAGCAACCAAACGAUGUCUUCUUCAGUCCCGCAGUCAUCGACAAGCCCCACUACAGUGCCAGAUGCCGCCGGAAGCCUCUCAAGCCCCUCGGCACCAUCCAGCAGUACCGACGAUAACGCUGACGAGGAGGCGACGAUGAGUGCCGAACGCAAGCGCCGUCGUGCCGAGAAGCAGCGCGAGGCGGACGAAGAGAGUGCCCUCAGUCCCUCCUCGCCGGGCGACUUUGCCGCUGGUGGUCUUGGUCUUGGUUCGGCAGGAGCAGCCGCUGCUGGAAUAUCCCUCCCCGCCUAUUCGGGUCGCUCCUCGUACGGCGGAGCUGGUGCUGACGCUGGCGCCGGCGCCGGCGCAGAUGCGGCUACAGCUACGGCUCCUGCCAUCGAAACGCUCUUUGAAGAAGACGAAAGCGCGGCAGCGCCCCCUGAUGUAGGGGACUAUGGUGCUACGACGGACACUCCUGCCCCUUCGGCUCCUCCUCAUACGGACUUCUGACGAUACCCAGGCUGAGAACGAGGAGCUUCUUUUGUCCCUUUGCGUACACACACAAACACGUAUGUGUACACCCAUGGCGCCCCCCGGACGAAGACGACGAGUCUGAUAGCUACGGACAUCUACUUUGCCAUUGCCUGUGCCUUUGUCUUUGCCUUGUCAGAUCGGUGAUAUUCUCCUUAUUCCCACUCCCACUGCGUCCUUCCUUCCCUUCUUGCUCGCUUGCUUAACUUUUCUCGACUUCUUUUCCAUUUUUGUUCUUUCAUCUUCCAUCUUGUUGUAACACUAUUCCCUGACUGCUGCGAUUCAUAUUGUCAAUUUACUUGUACAUCCCUUACUUGCG